CAGCCAAUAGCCUCGAUCAGUCGCUCGGGAAUUGUUUGUGAAGAAGAAAGCUUGGAGCUUGGAGCCUGAGAUUGGUCUAGAUUUUGGGAAAAGUGCUUUUCUGCUUUGAAAACUACUUAGGACGAGGCCUUAAGUCGGUAAAAAUUGAAACUAGCGGCUGGAACGAGAGUUUCAAAAAUCAAAUCAAAAAUCAAACCCAUCAAAAAUCACUUCGAAAGGAAGUCCGAAAAAACACCGCAAGAUGGCUCAGGAGACAAAGACGGCGGCGGGCGCCAAAGAUAAGCAUCAGUUGCAGCUCCAGCAGCAGCAGCCGCCGAACCAGCGCCAGCAGAAAACCGAUCACAUCGACGAGGAUGAAGUCAGCGAACUGCAGAUGCCGCGCAAUUUCUACGACCGCGUCCGGGAGCAGGCGGAGCGAUUCGCCAGCACGUGGAUUGGCCAGUUCGUGAUCGAGCGCACCGAUCGCGCCCUGCGGAUGAUCGAGGACACGGCCAAAUGGAGUCUGCCGCAGGAGAAAACAUCCGCUCCCCUGGAACGCCCCCUGCCCUGGGGUCCCUUCCUGAUGCUCAUCAUCUUGUUGCGUCUCACCCGGAUGUGGUUAUCGGUGGGUGCCCUGAUGAUCGGCAACGGUCCGAUUGCUCCCUCGGACAUGGUCUACUUCAUCCAGACCAGGCGGCGCAAGCUGCGGGCCAUCCGGGUGCACGGACUGAAGGUUAUGCGACAGUGCCAACAGGAACUAGCCUACAGCAGUGGCAAAGGACUCACCCAGAAGCUCACCCAGUGGCUGUCGAAGGCCAUGUGUCGUCCGGGAGUCCAGAGGGCCAAUAGUGGGCGUCUUUUCACCGUGCGGAAUAUGGAGCAGACUACCCAAACCAGUCCGGCUGUUAUGAAGCGCCCACGGGAAGAGGAUCCUUGUGCUGACCCAGACCACAACCUGACCAUCGACCAAAUGCUGGCCAAGUACGCCAACGAGAACUCCGACAACGAUUCGGACUUUGUGCCCAAUCUGGAGGAGGAGGACUCCAGCAGCAAUACCAGCAGCGACGAGAGCAGCUCGGAGUCGCACUCCAGCGAUGAGAUCAGCAGCGGCGAGCGGGAGGAGAUGGCCAAUCAGGUAAAGCCUCCAGGCAAAAAGCCCGGCGUGGUAAUGGAAAACGGAGUCCACAACAAGGCCGAGGAGAAGGAAAACGAUAAGGGAAAACUGAACACCAUCCCAGCACCAAAUACCAAUGGCAGCAACGACAAGGAGCAGGCGGAAGUUGCCCCGGAGCAAGCCCAUUCCGAGAAAGCAAAGCUAAGCCAGUUCAUUAUAUCCGGUGGAUUUUCAUCUUUGCCCGUUGCCAAGCCGGAGAUUCAAAGGAAGUCGUCGCCAGGACCUGUAAGUGCCACCAAACCGAAUCCUGGUCACCUCAACAGCACCGCGGCUGCAGCCUCCAAUGAUCCCGACCCAGAUCCUGAAACCGAACCCGAACCCGAAUCCGAAACCAGCGUUACCCCGAUCCCAGAUCCGCAGGUUCAACAAAUCCUCGAACUUGCUGCUACACUAACCGCCCAACAAAUGUCCAACUAUCCGACUGUGGAUACCCUAACUCCUGCCACCUCCUCUGAGGAUAUAUUCUAUAGCCCAAUCGGUUCCCCAACUUACUUCAAUAGCAACCUAGGAACCCAGGCUCCCCCGAAGACCUGCCUUCCAUCCGCUUUGGGCAACUCAUUCCACGCCCGAUUUGAAGCCCAAUGAUGGAGCCGACAUCGAGUCAAGUGAGAACCAGAAGCACCCCCACCAGCAGAAACAGAAUCAUCAGAACCAUCAGCGACAGAAUCAUUCCCACCAACGCCAUCGCGGCGGACGCAAUCGGCGCUAGAAAAUCGAUUUUCCAUUCCAAUAACACUCUUUUUUUUACCAACCUCCUUUUUACGUAACCCCAUAUUGUUAGUGAAUACUGCGAGUAAAGCUCUGAAUUCAA